UGCGUUAGUUAUCACAUGUUAGAGUCCCUAUCUUGUUACGGAACUUUUUCUUAUCUCAGUCCUUUUCCGCCAGUGUCGCUUCCAUCAACGGUGUAUUCUUGGUCAUAAUUUUGAUACCAUGUAUUUAGUUGUUUUACUUGGAUUAAUCGAAAUUGCAGCGGCAGGGCAGCUUUGCAUGAACUGUCAAAAUUUGAUCAACCCCCACGAGUGUAAUUUAGUAACCAGGUGUGGCGACCACGAGCAAUGUUACAUGGAACAGUACAUACGACAUAACAUUAUUUGGUACGACUUGGGAUGCCAAUCAAACACAAUAUGCAAUGCCAUAAACGGUUUGAGUGGUCCCCCCGUACCUGUGGUCGGUAGAAGAGCGGUCAAGGUUAGAGAAACUGACCCCGAUUCAUUCAACCUUGACUUCGAUCUAGAGGACGAUGGUAGAAUUCCAGUUUGUGAAUCAUGUUGUAACGCUACGACUUGCAAUAAUGGAGGAGCCUGCGGAGUUUCAGACUUUGACUAUCACAAUGGUCGCCUUUGCUUUGAGUGUGAUCAGCAGUUAAGUCCUGAUAAUUGUGACCAAAUUACCUUGUGUGACCAAGACAGGUUUUGUUAUAUACACCAAAAGAUAUCAGAGGUCGGACUCAUUCGAAUAUAUCAAUCAGGGUGUUCCAAAACAAUACAGAACUGCACGCAGUCAAUCGGCAACAUUUGUAACAAUUGUUGUCAAGAUAAUUUGUGUAACAACAAGUGCACGAUUCAAAAACCUCAGCAUCAUAUGACCACUACAACCACAUCUACGACGACAACAACUCCAAGGCCAACAACUACAACACCGACAACAACAACUACAACACCGACAACAACAACUACAACACCGACAACAACAACAACACCGACAACUACAACACCGACAACAACUACUACGACUCCAACAACUACAACUACUACUCCAACAACUCCAACCACACCAGCUCCAAGACCACCAGUAAUAUUAUCCACAGAAGUACAGCCCACUAAUUAUCAUUAUGGUGAUGAUGUGGAGCUCAUCUGUAGAGUAGAGAGCAACCCCCCAUCUGAUCAGCUUGGAUGGAAUAUGAUGACUGAUCCCAGCAAAAUUCCAGCCAAUAUCAAUUUAGUGUAUGGUACAGACAUGGUAAAGAUACACAUUAAUCACCUAAGGGCCGAGAACAUAGCGCAGUAUCAGUGUUUUGUACACAAUUCCCUUGGUCAAGACGUUCAAACGUUCUCACUUCAUCCACCCAAAUAAGGAGUUUUUUUUAUGUAUCGAGAAUAAAUUAUGUUUGUUUAAA